AUGACGCUAGAAGAAGAAAGCUCUGACGAUUACGAUGUAUUUGACGACAUUUUCGCAUUCCGAUUGAGCAACGAUCAAUUGCUGGGGAAAGACCAGUUCAGCAAGCAAUCGUUGAAAAAACAAGAGGUGAUUGACCUGGUAGUCAGUGACUUCCUGGGCGUUCCAAACGGAACAUAUACUUCAGCAGAAACAGAGUGGCCCAACCCAUCACGAAGCGAUGUACUGUAUAAGCCUCAGUUACCUGUUCAAAACUCUCUUCCACCAGUGCUUAUCUAA